CCCCUAUCAGAAAACGCCCCGAAAUGCAGUCUGCAAUUACACCCUUCGCGGUAGUCCGCCAUAUUGUCUCUGAGACAGCAGAAAUCAUACAAAAGUACAUCGGCGAGAGGAAAGAAAGCGAACCUGCCUUCACUUGGAUCCCAUAUUUUAUCAACGAGCUGUCCAGAGGUUCCCCUGGGGGCUUCCCUUGCUUACAGCCAAAGCCCCCCCCCCCCCCCCCUUACCCCCUGUCCUGUCACGAAGAGGCCCCACCCCACCUCCCCUCCUCUCCCUCUUCCCUCCUCGUCCUUCUCUGCAGUAAGUGGCCCCUCCCCCUCCUCUGCCAAGCUGUUGGACAUGCCAGGACCCGUGCAGAGUCGGGCCCGUGUGUACACCGAUGUCAACACACACCGGCCCAGGGAGUACUGGGACUACGAGUCCCAUGUGGUGGAAUGGGGGUACAUACCAGACUUAAGUCACAGCGACAUUGGUGCUUGCUAAACUAUUAUGAGGAGUCUGAAAUUACUAUUUCUCUUCAUUCCAUGUUAAAUCUCAAGGCCAGAUCAAGAAAUCAAGAUGACUUCCAGUUGGUGCGGAAGCUUGGACGCGGGAAGUACAGUGAAGUGUUUGAAGCAAUCAACAUCACCAACAACGAGAAGGUUGUGGUGAAAAUACUCAAGCCCGUCAAGAAGAAGAAAAUCAAGCGUGAAAUUAAGAUCCUGGAGAACCUCCGCGGGGGCCCUAACAUCAUCUCCCUCAAAGACAUCGUCAAAGACCCAGUGUCUCGGACACCCGCCUUGGUCUUUGAACAUGUCAACAACACUGACUUCAAGCAAUUAUACCAGACCCUGACAGACUAUGACAUCCGGUUCUACAUGUUCGAAAUCCUCAAGGCCCUGGACUACUGCCACAGCAUGGGAAUCAUGCACAGGGAUGUGAAACCCCACAACGUGAUGAUUGAUCACGAACACCGAAAGUUGCGCCUUAUUGACUGGGGUCUGGCUGAGUUCUACCACCCGGGACAGGAGUACAACGUCCGAGUGGCUUCUCGCUACUUCAAAGGACCCGAGCUUCUGGUCGACUAUCAGAUGUAUGACUACAGUCUGGACAUGUGGAGCUUGGGCUGCAUGUUGGCCAGCAUGAUCUUCAGGAAGGAGCCUUUCUUCCACGGCCACGACAACUACGACCAGUUGGUAAGAAUAGCCAAGGUGUUGGGAACGGAAGACCUGUAUGACUACAUCGACAAGUACAACAUUGAGCUGGAGCCUCGGUUCAAUGACAUUCUGGGGAGACACUCUCGUAAGCGGUGGGAGCGCUUCGUCCACAGUGAGAACCAGCACCUGGUCAGCCCCGAGGCCCUGGACUUCCUGGACAAGCUGCUGCGCUAUGACCAUCAGGCCCGGCUGACCGCCCACGAGGCCAUGGCUCACCCUUACUACUAUACCGUUGUCAAAGACCAGGGUCGCAUGCCGGGGUCGGCUAACCCGCCCGGCGGAAAUACAGCUGUAAGCACAGCCAACACAGUCACUGGUAUAUCUGCCUUGCCAGCUGCUACUGCCCUGGGCACCCUCACCGGCUCGCCCGUCCUCUCUGCUGCCACCAACGCCCUGAGCACCCCUGUGCCCGCCUCCGUUAGUGCCCCCCAGUGAUGGCACCCCCAGGAGAGCAAACCUAUGGGUGCCACUCAUGCAGGCACGCACCAACAUCUGUACUUACUCAGUCAGUCCGACUGCCCUGAGAUCCAGGAAUGCCAACCUCUGAAGGCUAUCUCGCCUGAACAAUGUUUAUUUGUUUCUCCUUGAAUGAACUUGAGUUAACCAGACAUGAAAUGAAUGUUCUGUGUAAUCGACACAUGCAGGUAUUUAUUUAAUCUUGAUGGCUGUGUGUGUGGCUAUGUCCACAAUCUGAGAAUGAGUCACGAAUCCAAGGGUGAUGGGGGUUUCUCCCCCCGAACACGUUUUGUUUUUGUACGUUACUGACAAGUAGUUCAUCGGAAGGUAACAGGAAAGAGACAUUAGCAUUUAGACCAAAAGGAGCAGUCUGCAGUUUACUAAUGCAACCUUGUCAAACGAGCGCUGGCGAGCACACCUUAAGCAAUUCCCAUAUUUAGUCCAGUCUACUACUCUAUACCACCAUUAUGAAAGACUUCCCGAUAGUAUUUGGAAGUGUUUGGUGCUGUUCUGUGCUCCAGUGGUGAGUUGAAACACUGAAGCUGCCUCACUCAACGUAUCCUAAUGACACUUCAGCCUGAAUAGUAUGUCUUGCCUUUCUACUGUACUGGAUACCUAGUUUUUGAUGUAAGGAUUCCCUGACAGUUUUCCAUUUUUUUUACUGAAAUGCCGUGGUGUGCUGGAUGGUUUUAAUUUACUGUGGCAAUGGUUUGAUGGCAGUAUUGUCAUUCGAUCCCUUCGAAAGCCAGGCAAAACUAUCCGUUCUGUUAUUUUGAAAAGUUUCUCUCAAACGUGCUGCUUUGCAGUUCCUUCAUUUAAUUCAAGUCGUGAAAAACUAUGUUCACUCAAUCGCUUGAGAAAGAGGAGACCGACUGAACCUAUUUGUUUUCUCGGGGAGAGUUAGUUAUAUGUGGAGAAAAUAUGGAUGGUGUUAGAUAUAAGAUCACAACUGAAUAUGAAGGCACCAGAGUCCUGGUUAAGUUGGCUUGAAAUGUGUUGGUAUUUAUCUGCUGUUGGUACCUGAGGAGAGUGGUUUUCUUUUUGUAUUUAGUUUGUUUCGGGGAUACGUUUCUUGGAUUGAUCACCUGUUUGGCUAACACUUACGGUGGCAAGAAUAAGUAUGUGAACCCUUUGGAAAUACCCGGAUUUCUGCAUAAAUUGGUGAUAAAAUCUGAUCUUAAUCUUGGUCACAACAAUACACACAGUCUUGCUUAAACUAAUAACACACAAACAGUUGUAAGUUUUCAUUCACAGUGCAGGGUGGGAAGAGUAUGUGAACCCUUGGAUUUAAUAACUGGUUGAUCCUCCUUUGGCAGCAUUAACCUCAACCAAAUGCUUUCUGUAGUUGUGCAUCAGACUUGCACAACGGUCAGGAGGAAUUUUGGACCACCUCUUUACAAAACUGUUUCAGUUCAGCAAUAUUCUUGGGAUGUCUGGUGUGAAUUGCUUUCUUGAGAUCAUGCCACAGCAUAUCAAUCGGGUUGAGGUCAGGACUCUGACUGGGCCACUCCAGAAGGUGUAUUUUCUUCUGUUGAAGCCAUUCUUUGUUUUGGGUUGUUGUCCUGUUGCAUCACCCAACUUCUGUUGAGCUUCAAUUGGCGGACAGAUAGCCUUACAUUCUCCUGCAAAAUCUCUUGAAAAACUAGGGAAUUCAUUUUUCCGUCGAUGAUAGGGCCUGGACAGCGUGCUGAGGCAGCGAGGCAGCCGCAAACCAUGAUGCUCCCUCCACCAUACUUUACAGUUGGGAUGAGGUUUUGAUGUUGGUGGACUGUGCCUUUUUUCUCCACACAGUGUUGUGUGUUCCUUCCAAACAACUCAACUGUAGUUUCUUCUGUCCACAGAAUAUUUUUAUAGUAGCGCUGUAGAAAAUCCAGGUGCACUUUUGCAAACUUCAGAAGUGCAGCAAUGUUUUUUUUCCGACCGCAGUGGCUUCUUCCAUGGUGUCCUCCCAUGAACACCAUUCUUGUUUAGUGUUUUACGUAUCGUAGACUCGUCAACAGAGAUGUUAGCAUGUUCCAGAGAUUUCUGUAAGUCUUUAGCUGACAUUGUAGAAUUCUUCUUAACCUCAUUGAGCAUUCUGAGCUGUGCUCUUGCAGUCAUCUUUGCAGGAUGGAGAGUAGCAACAGUGCUGAACUUUCUCCAUUUUAUAGACAAUUUGUCUUACAUUGGAUUGAUGAACAUCAAGGCUUUUAGAGAUACUUUUGUAACCCUUUCCAGCUUUAUGCAAGUCAACAAUUCUUAAUCUUAGGUCUUCUGAGAUCUCUCUUGUUCAGGGCAUGGUUCACAUCAGGCAAUGCUUCUUGUGAGUAGCAAACUCAAAUUUGAGUGUGAGUUUUUUUUUUACAGGGCAAGGCAGCGCUAACCAACAUCUCCAAUCUCGUCUCAUUGAGUGGACUCCAGGUUAGCUGACUCCUGACUUCAUUUAGUUUUUGAGGAGUCAUUGGCCUAGUGGUUCACAUUCCAACCUACACUGUGAUUGUUUAAAUUAUGUAUUCAAUAUAGACAAGAAAAAUACAAUAUUUUGUGUUAUUAGUUUAAGCACACGGUUUGUCUAUUGUUGUGACUCAGAUGAAGAUCAGAUCAAAUCUGAAGACCAAUCUAUGCAGAAAUCCAGAUAAUUCCAAAGGGUUCACAUUCUUUCUUGCCACUGUAGAUACUGGAAGAUGUAUUGAACGUUUUCUCUGCGUUUUAGUGCCAUAAAUGUUCAUCUUGUGUAAGGAUAGACCCUGCUGUACAUAUGCAUCCUUUUUUUUUCUUCAUUUGAAAUCUCAAUAUAGGAAAAAUACAUGCAUACAUCAACAUUUGGGUCCUUACUUCACUGUAUAUAUUUGUAUGUCCUUUGAAAAUAUUUGUGUAAAUAAACACGUCUUUUAUUUAUCAAGUAAA